UCUCCGCGCAGGCGCAGGGCUGGCCUCGCCGCUCCCAAGAUGGCGGCCCGGCAGUGACAGGGGGUAGAGGAGGCUGUGAGCAGCGGUAGCGGGCGGCGGAGCGCGGCAGCAUGAUCCCCACCGAGGAGGUGUCGGCCCGCAGGAAGGAGAUCGAGUACAAGCUGAAGCAGGAAGAAUUAACUCUGUCCUUCAUCAAAGACAGCCUUGAGAAGAGUGACCAGCUCACAAAGAACAUGGUUGCUAUCCUCUCCUCCUUUGAAAGUCGUUUGAUGAAGCUGGAGAACUCCAUCAUCCCAGUCUAUAAACAGACAGAGAACCUGCAGCGCUUGCAGGAGAAUGUGGAGAAGACCCUGUCCUGCUUGGAUCAUGUCAUCAGUUACUACCAUGUGGCUAAAGACACAGAGAAGAUCAUAAAGGAAGGCCCUACUGGGAGGCUGGAGGAAUACUUGAAUUGCAUGGACAAAAUCCAGAAGGCAGUGGAAUACUUCCAGGACAACAAUCCUGACAGCCCAGAGCUGAACCGUGUGAAAUCCCUCUUUGAGAGGGGCAAGGAGUCCCUGGAGUCAGAGUUCCGCAGCCUGAUGACACGACACACCAAGCCAGUGCCACCCAUCCUCAUCUUGGACCUUAUCAGUGGGGAUGAUGACAUGGAGCCCCAGGAGGAGAUGUUUUUGGAGCACCUCCCGGAAGGUGUCCUGCAUGAUAUCAUCCGCAUUUCUGGAUGGCUGGUGGAAAAUGGCAGGAAUCAAGAUUUCAUGACAGUUUACUUCCAAAUCCGCUCGGUCCAACUGGACCGCUCCAUCAAGGGGCUGAAGGACCAUUUCCGUAAGAACAGCUCCUCCACAGGGGUUCCCUAUUCCCCUGCCAUCCAGAACAAAAGGAAGGACACUCCCACCAAGAAGCCAGUUAAGAGACCAGUCCUCAUCCCAGGCACGAUCCGUAAGGCUCAGAACCUUCUGAAACAGUACUCUCAGCAUGGUCUAGAUGGGAAAAAGGGGGCCUCUAACCUCAUUCCUAUGGAAGGUCAUGAGCAUGACUUACGGGUUAAACACCUUUCCGAUGCCCUGAGCGACAAGCAUGGGCCAGCUGCGGGGAGGGACGACGUCUUUGACAUCGAGAUUGACGCGUACAUUCACUGUGUUAGUGCCUUUGUCAAACUAGCCCAGAGCGAGUACCAGCUCCUGACAGACAUCGUCCCUGAGCACCACCAGAAGAAGACCUUUGAUUCCCUCAUCCAGGAGUCACUGGAUAACUUGAUCAUGGAGGGGGAUAAUAUUGUCUCAGCUGCCCGCAAAGCCAUCAUCCGACACGACUAUUCAGCUGUGCUCACAAUCUUCCCCAUCCUCAAGCAUCUGAAGCAGAUGAAGCCAGAGUUUGACCAGGUCUUGCAGGGAACUGCGGCAGGCACCAAGAACAAACUGCCAGGGCUGAUCACUUCCAUGGAGACCACUGGUGCGAAGGCACUGGAAGAGUUUGCAGACAACAUUAAGAAUGAUCCGGACAAGGAAUACAACAUGCCAAAAGAUGGGACAGUUCAUGAACUCACCAGCAAUGCCAUCCUUUUCCUCCAGCAAUUGUUGGAUUUCCAGGAGACAGCAGGUGCCAUGCUGGCAUCACAAGAGACCAGCUCUUCAGCUAGUAGUUACAGCUCGGAGUUCAGCAGGCGGCUGCUGAGCACCUACAUCUGCAAAGUGCUGGGCAACUUGCAGCUUAAUCUUCUCAGUAAAUCCAAGGUUUAUGAAGACCCAGCUUUGAGUGCUAUUUUCCUGCACAACAACUACAAUUACAUUCUGAAAUCUCUGGAAAAAUCUGAGCUGAUCCAGUUGGUAGCUGUGACACAGAAGACAGCUGAGAGGUCUUAUCGAGAGCUCAUUGAGCAGCAGAUCCAGACCUACCAGCGCAGCUGGCUGAAGGUGACAGACUAUAUCUUGGAGAGAAACCUGCCUGUCUUUCAACCAGGAGUGAAGCUCAAGGAUAAGGAAAGGCAGAUGAUAAAGGAGCGCUUUAAGGGAUUUAAUGACGGGCUGGAGGAGCUGUGUAAGAUCCAGAAGGCCUGGGCAAUUCCAGAUAUGGAGCAACGGGACAAAAUCCGCCGGGCACAGAAAACCAUUGUGAAAGAGACCUAUGGUGCCUUCUUGAACAGAUAUGGCAACGUGCCCUUCACCAAGAACCCUGAGAAGUACAUCAAAUACCAGGUUGACCAGGUUGGGGAGAUGAUUGAGAAGCUGUUUGACACCUCAGCAUGAAUCUCUAGCCGGCAUAUACAAGUCAGCACACUCUCAGCAGCCUUUGGGACACCCUUUGCUCCCCCCCUGCCCCAUUGUGGUGGGCAGGUUGUUAUACUUGUAUUUAUCAGAUUUAUAAACUCAUGGAAGCACUCCC